CAAGGCUCAUCACUAGGCGGCCCAGGUGGUUUGUUGGCACGCGGUGAACCAGCAUUCGGCUCGCCUCGCCACCUGGAUUUUCCCAUGUUUGGUCGCACCCUGUUAUUAUUAUUCCGUGAUAAAGUGUAACGGACCCCGAGCUCCAAUUGACCUUUUGGAUCUCUUCCCGUCCAUUGACCUCAUACACCACCAAUUCGGUCCGGCAAAGAAAAAGGUUACACCAUUUUCCCACAUGCUGCUUCAUUGACAUUGAACUACUCCGUAACUCAUCCUUUACUUGCAUAUCCGCUCACACUUUCUUUUCCCAGCACCAUCCUCGUAAUCAUUGUCAAUUGGACCCGUCAGUUGCAGCCAAAAAAAUUACAGCUCCUCAUUUACGCUCCACCAGUGGAAAGCCUUGGGAAAGACAAGAAUACAACCGUCACCACACAAAAGAGCUGUUGUCUCCCCAUCUUUCUUACCAACGCACACAGACACACACACAACAGAAGCUCACACCAAUAAACCUCCGACGACCUCUCUCUCGUUUUCUUCCAUCCCUCCGUCUCGUACUCGAUCCUCCUAGCACUCAUUCACUACUACGUCGAGAACAUAUCACUGCCAUUCGCUUAGCUAUCACAACCACAAUGUUCAGCCUACGGAAGGCUUUUGUUAUCAGCACCUUGGUCCUUGGUGCUUGGACCUCACCACAUACUCCAGACGAUGACAAGUCAUUAAUAAAUUGGGAUGCAUUCCAUUCUCUACUUGAUACCAUCGACCCUGCUGCCCUGCAUUCGGUACUACACCAGCUAUCUCCCAAGUUCCAGGAUGGUGUCUUCAGUAAAGAUCGAGCAGCUAUCGAACACGUUCAUUCCGAAAACCCCGUCAUUGCAAGCAAGUUGGUACAUCUGGCAAAGAAGAGACAAGAUAGCAAUUCAACCACCACCCGCACUUCCUCAUCGUCGAGCUCAGAAGCUGCCUCCAUAUCCUCCAUCCUCUCCUCCGAGAUCCUAGCAUCCACCGUCCCAGGAGCGACCACCAUCACCGUACCACCAUCCACACCAGCUUCUGCUACCGCUGUUGCCACCUCGGAUGGUGGAGUUGUCUAUAGCACCUUCGGAGGUGGUAUGGUCACUCUGACCUCUUCCGCUGUAGGAGUUCGCUUUACUCCUAGCACCUCGACCCACCUGUAUUAUACUACUGCCGCCGACGGAAGUGUAGAAACAAGGACGUCGGUGGUAGUGGUGAAUGCACCCGUAACUGGAGCGACUGAUGCCACGGGGGCUGCAGGUGCCGCUGCCACCACGGGAAGCCCUGGACUUCAGAACGCAGCCUCCUCACAAUACAAGACUGGAAGCUUCGUGAUGGCUUUGCUCGGUGUGGCGGGCUGGUUCUUUGCGUUAUAAGUCCAUUCUUGGACCUACCGGUGGCUUCCUCUUCUGGCGGCAAUGAUUGCGACAGUGUUUUUUCCUUUUUAGCACACAUAACGACGACACGGCUCAGCAUUUCUCUCCUUUAUCACAAAUCUGCGACGGGCAUAGCUAUAGGCGUUUUCCACCACUUGUUUCCCCAAAUCUGACGGCAUGCUUGUGGGGAUUGUUUGAAUUUGGCACAUAUGUUGUGGAUGAAAGGGUUUUUGAUCCGAUGAUAGAAAGCUGUGGUUGGGAGGAAAGUGUCUGGUGUCAGAGACAUGACCAUAGUUUCGAAAAUGACAAGAGACUCAUUCGAGACCAAAUAUCUGUAUCUUGUCCUGAUAUUCUUGUUUCCUGAUGUGAGUAGAUCCGAUCCAUUUUUUGAAAGCCAUGAAACGCUUCUGGCGGGCCAUUUAACGGAUCAGGUAAGGAAAAUGGAAGCACAGAAGCAAAGAUCGUCUCAAGAUCUGGAGCAUCCAUUCGUCAUAGCAUCUGUACUCCGUACUGAGAGACAGAAAACAAGACGAGAUCGUCGAGGUUUGCGCGGUCACUGUGGAUAGUUAUAUACUCCCAUGAAGUCUUUUUUGAUUGCUUUGUGGACCAAAGUUGACCCUGAGAUGCC